UCUAGGAAUCCUGCCCUGUGAGUUAAAGGAAUGAGGUUCAGAAAGAGGCAGGGAGUUGCUGCAGCCACACAGCACAUCCUCAGCCUCUCUGUCCUGACCUCUCUGUCCUGUUCCCUGUCCAGUCUCACCAUGGCCUUCUGGACACAGCUGAUGUUGCUGCUUUGGAAGAAUUUCACAUAUCGCCGGAGACAGCCCAUCCAGCUUCUGGUCGAGGUGUUGUGGCCACUCUUUCUCUUCUUCAUCCUGGUGGCUGUGCGCCACUUCCAUCCUCCUCUGGAGCACCAUGAAUGCCACUUCCCCAAUAAGCCGCUGCCAUCUGCCGGCAUCGUGCCCUGGCUUCAGGGCCUCAUCUGCAAUGUGAAUAACACCUGCUUCCUGCAUCCAACGCUUGGCGAGGAACCCCAGCUCCUGAAUAACUUCAACCACUCUCUGGUCUCCCGACUCCUAGCUGAUGCCCAUGCUGUGCUAGGGGGCCCCAGUGUCCACAGAACACUGGCUGGCCUGAGGAAGCUGAUGCCCACAUUGAGGGCUGCACACAGAGGUGAGAAGGCUGUAGUUGAUCAGCCACAGGAGCAACCUUCACUGCCCACAGAGUUGCUGGUGUCACUGCCUCAAUCAAGGUCAUUGUCUUCCCAGAGAUCGUUUGGCAGCUUUGUGGAGGCAGCUGAGGACCUGGCCCAGGAGCUCUUGGCGGUGCCCAGCCUGGUGGAGCUUUGGGCACUACUGCGGAGACUCCAAGGGACAGAUCGCCCCCUGGAGUUAGUGUCAGAAGCCCUUUGCAGUGCCAAGGGGCCGAGAAGCUCAGGGGGCCCCUCCUUCAACUUUUAUGAAGCUAGUGACCUGCGGGAGUUGGUGGGGCACGAGCCAGCAUCAGCCCUGGCUGACAACAGCCUGAGCCCCGCCUGCUCUGAGCUGAUUGGAACCCUGGGCGACGACCCUCUGUCCCAACUGUUCUGGAGGCACGUGAAGCCGAUGCUACUGGGGAAACUGCUGUUCACACCUGACACACCUUUUACCAGGCAGCUCAUGGCUGAGGUGAACCGGACCUUUGAGAAGAUGGCUGUGCUGAAGGACAUCCAGGAGAUAUGGGGUGUGCUUGGACCCCAGAUCUUCACCUUUAUGAACAACAGUGCAAAUGUCGCCAUGCUGCAGAUGCUCCUGCAAAUGUGGGACAAAGGGAGGGGGCAGCCAGGACCUGGAGGCCAGGACCGCAUGGAGGCCCUUCGAUCCUUUCUGGACUCUGGCGGCGGUGGCUACAGCUGGAGGGAUGCCUAUGAAGACCUGGGGCGCCUAGUGGGCGCUCUGGGCCGUGUGAUGGAGUGUAUAACCCUGGACAAGGUGGAGGCAGUGCCCUCCGAGGAGGCUCUGGUGUCCCGGGCCCUGCAGCUGCUUGCGGAGCGCCGCUUCUGGGCUGGCGUCGUUUUCUUGGGGCCUGAAGACCCUCCGGACACCCAACCCCAACCCCAACCCCUGAAGAGCCCAACCCCAGGCCCGGGCCCCGGCCACCUGCGCAUCAAGAUCCGCAUGGACAUAGACGUUGUCACCAGGACUAAUAAGAUCAGGGACAGGUUUUGGGACCUGAGACCGGCCGCGGACCCCCUGACCCACCAGCACUAUGUGUGGGGAGGCUUCGUGUAUCUGCAAGACCUGCUGGAGCGAGCAGCUGUCCGCGUGCUUAGCGGCGCCGCCCCCAGCGCUGGCCUUUACCUGCAGCAGAUGCCCUACCCGUGCUACGUGGACGACUCGUUCUUGCGCCUGCUGAGCCGGUGGCUGCCACUCUUCCUGACGCUCGCCUGGAUCUACUCUGUGGCGCUGACGGUGAAGGCUGUGGUGCGCGAAAAGGAGACGCGGCUGCGCGACACGAUGCGCUCCAUGGGGCUGAGCCGUGCUGUGCUCUGGCUCAGCUGGUUCCUCAGCUGCCUCUGGCCCUUUCUUCUCAGUGCCGCUCUCCUGGUGCUGGUGGUCAAGCUGGGAGACAUCCUCCCCUACAGCCACCCAGUGGUGAUCUUCCUGUUCUUGGCGGCCUAUGCAGUGGCCACAGUGAUCCAGAGCUUCUUGCUGAGCACCUUCUUUUCCCACGCCAACCUGGCGGCAGCUUGCAGUGGCCUAGCCUACUUUGUGCUCUACCUGCCCUAUGUCCUGUGUGUGGCCUGGCGGGACCAACUUCCCACUGGGGGCCGCGUGGCUGUGAGCCUGCUAUCACCUGCAGCCUUCGGCUUUGGUUGUGAGAGCCUGGCGAUGCUGGAGCAACAAGGCCAGGGUGUGCAAUGGCACAACCUGGGUACUGAGCCCACCGCAGAUGUCUUCAGCCUGGCCCAGGUCUCGGGCCUGCUGCUGCUGGAUGCUGUGCUCUAUGCCCUUGCCACCUGGUACCUGGAGGCUGUGUGCCCAGGCCAGUACGGGAUCCCUGAACCCUGGAAUUUUCUCUUUCGGAGGAACUAUUGGUUUGGGCCUCAGGCCUCCAAGGGUCCUGCCCCAUCCCCUGCCCUGCAAGACCCAAAGGUACUGGUGGAAGAGGCACCGCCUGGCCUGAAUCCUGGAGUCUCCAUUCGUGGCCUGGAGAAGCACUUUCCUGGCAGCCCACAGGCAGCCCUGAGGGGGCUCAGUCUGGACUUCUACCAGGGACACAUCACUGCCUUUCUGGGCCACAAUGGGGCUGGCAAGACAACCACACUGUCCAUCCUGAGCGGUCUCUUCCCACCCAGUGGCGGCUCUGCCUUCAUCCUGGGCUAUGACAUCAGGUCCAGCAUGGCAGCCAUCCGGCCCCACCUGGGCAUCUGCCCCCAGUACAAUGUGCUGUUUGACAUGCUGACUGUGAGUGAGCACAUCUGGUUCUACGGUCGGUUGAAAGGUCUGAGUGUGGCUGCGGUGGGCCCUGAGAAGGACCGUAUGCUGGAGGACAUGGGGCUGGUCUCUAAGCAGUGUGUGCAGACUCGCCACCUCUCUGGUGGGAUGCAGCGGAAACUGUCAGUGGCUAUUGCCUUUGUGGGGGGCUCUCAAGUUGUUAUCCUGGAUGAGCCCACAGCUGGUGUGGACCCCACUUCCCGCCGCAGCAUUUGGGAUCUACUGCUCAAAUACCGCCAAGGUCGUACACUGAUCCUUUCCACACACCACCUGGAUGAGGCUGAGCUCCUGGGAGAUCGUGUGGUGGUGGUAGCAGGUGGCCGCGUGUGCUGCUGUGGCUCACCACUCUUCUUGCGUCGUCACUUGGGCUCCGGCUACUACUUGACACUGGUGAAGGGUUCCCCGCCCCUGAUCACCAGUGAGAAGGGUGACACUGACUUGGGAGACAGCAUGCAUGCCAGGCACGAAGGAGAGACGGGCAGCUCAGCUGGUACACCCCAGGUCCUGGCCCUGGUGCAGCAGUGGGUGCCUGGGGCACGGCUAGUUGAGGAGCUGCCCCAUGAGUUGGUGCUGGUGCUGCCCUAUGUCAGCGCCCUUGAUGGAAGCUUUACCAAGCUCUUCCAGGAGCUGGACAGGAGGCUGGGGGAACUGAGGCUCACUGGCUACGGGAUCUCAGACACCAGCCUUGAGGAGAUCUUCCUGAAGGUGGUAGAGAACUGUGCUCUGGAUGCAAACCCAGAGGAAAGCAGCUGUGGGCAGCACCUGGGGAUGGGCAUUGCUGGCUCAGACUUGACUGUGCUGCUCAAGAUGGAGUCCACUCCGGGGAAUGGGGAACCAGCUGGAUCAGUGUCCAAGACACAGGUCCUACAAAGCUCUGAGCCAGAUGCUAUAGUUCGGGUGCAGGGCUGGGCACUGAUCCUCCACCAACUCCGGGCCCUGCUUCUCAAGCGCUUUCUGCUUGCUCGCCGCAGCCGCCGUGGCCUGUUUGCUCAGAUCGUGAUGCCCGCCCUCUUUGUGGGCCUGGCUUUGGCAUUCAGCUUCAUCGUGUCUCAUUUUGGACAUUAUCCAGCUCUGAGGCUUAAUCCUGCCAUGUAUGGUGCCCAAGUGUCCUUCUUCAGUGAGGAUGCCCCAAGGGACCCUGCACAUACCCGCCUGCUCAUAGCGCUGCUGCAGGAGGCAGGACUGGAGAAGUCCCCCAUGCAGAAUAGCUCCCACAGGCUACUGGUGCCUGAUGUUCCUGCCAACAUGGCCAAGGCCUUGGCCAGCGGAAACUGGACACCAGAGUCUCCAUCCCCAGCUUGCCAGUGCAUCCAGCCUGAUUGCCCAGCUGCUGCCAGGGGCCCCCCUCCACCACAGGCAGUGACCAGCUCAGGGGAAGUGAUACAGAACCUCACAGGCUGGAAACUGUCUGACUUCCUGGUCAAGACCUACUCAAGCCUGAUGCACCAAGGCCUGAAGACUAAGAAGUGGGUAAAUGAGGUCAGAUAUGGAGGCUUCUCACUGGGUGGCUGUGACCCAGGCCUACCCUCAGGACACAAGGUGGGCCACUCUGUGGAAGAGCUGAGGGUACUGCUGAGGCCCCAAUCUGGUGGAGUCCUUGAUCAUGUCCUGAAUAACCUCACAGCAUGGGCUUAUAGCCUGGAUGCUCAGGACAGCCUCAAGGUCUGGUUCAACAACAAAGGCUGGCAUGCCAUGGUGGCCUUUGUCAACCGAGCCAACAAUGCACUCCUACAUGCUCACCUGCCUCCAGGCCCCACCAGCCAUACCUACAGCAUCACCACGUUCAACCACCCUUUGAACAACACCAAGAAGCAGCUUUCUGAGGCCACAAGGACGGCCUCCACCAUGGAUGUCCUCGUCUCCAUCUGUGUGGUCUUUGCUAUGUCUUUCAUCCCAGCCAGCUUCACCCUUGUCCUCAUCGAGGAGCGUGUCACCCAAGCCAAACACUUGCAACUCAUGGGGGGUCUACCCCCCACCCUAUACUGGCUCGGCAACUUUCUCUGGGACAUGUGUAACUACUUGGUGCCAGCAUGCAUCGUGGUGCUCAUCUUUCUGGCCUUCCAGCAGAAGGCAUAUGUGGCCCCUGGCAACCUGCCUGCUCUCUUAUUAUUGCUACUACUGUAUGGCUGGUCCAUCACACCACUCAUGUACCCAGCCUCCUUCUUCUUCUCUGUGCCCAGCACGGGAUAUGUGGUGCUCACUUGCAUCAACCUCUUCAUUGGCUUCAAUGGCAGCAUGGCCACCUUUGUGCUUGAACUGUUUUCUGAUCAGAGUCUGCAGGACAUGAACCGGAUCCUCAAACGGGUCUUACUAAUUUUCCCCCACUUCUGCCUGGGCCGAGGGCUCAUCAACAUGGUGCAGAACCAGGCCGUGGCUGAUGCCUUUGAACACUUGGGAGAGAAGCAAUUCCAGUCACCCCUACGCUGGGAGGUUGUUGGCAAGAACCUCUUAGCCAUGGCGGUACAGGGGCCCCUCUUCCUCUUCUUCACACUCCUGCUGCAGUACCGCAACCAUCUCAGGCCACAACCCAAGCUAAGGUCACUUCCACCCCUGGGAGAAGAAGAUGAAGAUGUGGCCCAUGAGCGAGAGCGGGUGGUCCAAGGGGCCACACAGGGGGACAUGUUGGUGCUAAGGGACUUGACCAAGGUAUACCAUGGGCAGAAGAUGCCUGCUGUUGACCGCCUAUGCCUGGGGAUCCCCUCUGGGGAGUGUUUCGGGUUGCUGGGUGUGAAUGGAGCAGGGAAAACAUCCACAUUUCGCAUGGUGACGGGGAACACACUGCCCAGUGGGGGUGAAGUUGUGCUGACAGGUCAAAGUGUGGCCCAUGAGCCAGCCGCAGCAUACCGUAGCAUGGGCUAUUGCCCUCAGUCGGAUGCCAUUUUUGAACUGCUAACUGGCCGCGAGCACCUGGAGCUGUUCGCCCGCCUGCGCGGUAUCCCUGAGGCGCUGGUGGCCCAGACAGUGCACUUGGGCCUGGCGCGCUUGAGCCUCCCAAGAUACGCAGACCAGCCUGCAGGCACCUACAGUGGAGGCAAUAAACGGAAGCUGGCGACGGCCGUGGCACUGGUUGGGGACCCAUCCGUGGUCUUUCUGGAUGAGCCAACCACAGGCAUGGACCCCAGUGCACGGCGCUUCCUCUGGAACAGCCUUCUGGCCGUGGUGCGGGAGGGCCGCUCAGUAGUGCUCACCUCGCACAGCAUGGAGGAAUGUGAAGCGCUAUGCACGCGCCUGGCCAUCAUGGUGAAUGGGCGGUUUCGCUGCUUGGGCAGUGUGCAGCACCUCAAGGGCAGAUUCGGAGCCGGCUACACACUGACCCUACGGGUUCCGUCGGAGCGAUCCCAACCAGCAGUGGACUUCGUGGCGGCAGCAUUUCAAGGGUCUGAGCUGCGUGAGGCGCACGGUGGCCGCCUGCGCUUCCAGUUGCCACUGGGAGAGCGCUGUUCCUUGGCACACGUCUUUGGAGAGCUAGCAACGAAUGGCGCGGAGCACGGCGUGGAGGACUUCUCCGUGAGCCAGACCACGCUGGAGGAGGUAUUCCUGUACUUCUCCAAGGACCAACGGACGGAUGAGGACUAUAAGAACAACCAGAAGGAGGCAGGAAUGGGGGUAGACCCCAUACUUGGCUCGCAGUGCCCCAACCGAUUCCUGGAUGACCCUAGCAUGGACGAGACCAUGCUCUGAGCCUCCCUCCACUGCAGGGCUAGUGGAAGGCCCUAGGAAUGACAAAAGCAGGACUCAGGCUGGGAGGGAGGGGGCUGCCUUGGAGGAAAUAAAGAGA